GGAGUAAGGAAAAUAAUGGAACCGUGAAGGGUCAAAAGAAAAAUUAAGGAAAAAAAAUCCGUAGUUUCUUUAAGGCACCUCUGUAUCUUCGUUGAUUUUCACUUUCUUGGGCGAUUGCUUUAUCGAUUGGAACCUGGGUUUUGGAAGUCUUUAAGUAAUGGCAAGUGAGUUUGGGGAAUCAGCGAGCCAUUCGCCCCAAAAUCCAUCUUGCUCUAGUAACAAUGGUAAUGGUGAUGCUGGUAACUUUGAGUGCAAUAUCUGCUUUGAAUUAGCUCAAGAUCCUAUCGUUACUUUAUGCGGGCAUCUUUUCUGCUGGCCUUGCUUGUACAAAUGGCUUCAUAUUCAUUCCCGUUCUCGUGAAUGUCCAAUUUGUAAGGCCCUUAUCGAGGAAGAACAAUUGGUUCCUUUGUAUGGAAGGGGGAAAUCAUCUACUGAUCCUAGGUCUAAGUCUAUCCCGGGUGUUAAUAUUCCAAAUCGUCCAGCUGGACAGAGACCUGAGACGGCUCCUCCACCGGAACCAAAUCAAUUUCCCCAAAAUGGUUUUGGAUUCAUGGGAGGGUUGGGAGGUUUUGCGCCAAUGGCUACGGCUAGGUUCGGGAAUUUCACACUGUCUGCAGCCUUUGGUGGUCUUAUUCCAUCUUUGUUUAACCUUCAAGUGCAUGGAUUUCCUGAUGCGGCUAUGUUUGGUCAUGCUGCUGGGUUUCCGUAUGGGUUUUCAAAUUUAUAUCAUGGUGGUCAUGCUCAUGGAUAUCAUCACCACCAUCACCACCACCAUCAUCGUCAGCGUACUGCACAAGGCCAGCAGGACCAUUAUCUGAAGAUGCUGUUUCUGUUUAUCAUUGUUUGUGUUAUCUUUGCAAUGAUCUAUCAAUAAACCGAAUCCACAAUCACAGCUUAAAUUGCUAAUCAUGUUAGAGUGUCGAUUUGAUGUCAUGUGUAAAUCUAAGAAUGCUUUUUAUUUUUAUUUUUUGGUGAUUUGAGGAAUUGUUUAUAUAUUAUUUUUGUUAA